GCGUCGAUAAAAAUAGUACGGGGAAUUUCCACACAUACAAUCGUUUUGGUAUGAACCAAUAUACAGAAACUGCAAUAUUUUCGUGUGACAACACAUUUUCUUGAUGUGAAUCAUGGACAGAGAAGACCGUAGACGAUUCUUUGUCAUUGGGUCUGUGUUUCUAGAAGUUGUUACUCCUGUGUUUAGAAGACAACUAGAGAACAACUUUACAAAAGCUGGAUUCAGUUGCUUGCAUGAUUUCCUAAACAACCAACCAGUAGUUCACACUUUGUUCCAUUUAAAUCACAGAUAUACAUGGUACUGCUGUGUAGAUAGCACAAACUGCAUAGCCAGACAAAAACUUCCACUAAACAACUAUCAAUGGAACCUGUUGUAUACAGAGAACCCUGGACCAGGUAAACACCACUGUCACUGUAAAUAUACAGCUAAACCCGUACAACUUACUGAUCUUGAUAUCACCUUGAUGGGAUUCAUCCUUGUCAACUGCUUCACCUUAAGACCACCCGAAGAGCAGGCAGUCAAGUCUCUUAGGCAGUACAAAAAUGAUUAUCUUAGCCACAACACAAACGGCGGUAUAACUGAGCCAAAGUACAAUUCACUGUGGCCAGAUCUGACCUAUUAUAUCCUCCAGCUUGACCCCUCCAGACAGAGUGACCUUGAUGAAAUGAAAAACAGACCUCUUGAUGAACAACUGUGUCAACAAUACUACAUUCACCUGUCAGAUCUAAACAAGAGAUUUGAGGAAUUUGAAGUUUACCUAAAAGAGACAAAUACAUCUGUACAAGGUAUGAGAACGGAUGUCCAUGGCAUUAGUACUGCAUUACAGGGUAUAGGAUGGAAUAUUCAUGGAAUAGGUGGAUCAGUACAAGCGGUAAACAACAGACUUCAAUGCAUAGAUGGAUCAGUACAAAUGGUUAACACUACCCUACAAGGCAUGGGUGGAUCAGUACAAGGGGUAAACACUACUCUUCAAGAAAUGAACUCAUCUAUACAGACAGCUGUUCAAGAAAUUCCUCUGAUAAAUGAUGCAUUACAGAAACUUCUAUGUUAUGCUGAAAAACGAGAAUCAAGAGAAAAUAUUGAUAUCCAUAGACGAGAAAGAAAAUCAUACACAAUAGGACAAGAUAUCUUCUAUCAACAUUAUCAAUAUACUACAGAAUCAAGAUUUUAUACCUCUUUGAGCAAAGCUGUGAUUACAGAUGAUGGACAAAUAGCUUAUAUACGAUUGGGGUGUAGUUCACUAAAGAUUUAUAAUAUAGAUAGUUCACCUGUUGGUACAAUACAAUUACGGGGUCAGCCAUUGGAUAUCACUGUAGUUAUCAACUCUACAGUAGCUGUUACAAAUCCUAACGGUCACAGUAUAGAUAUAUGGGACAUACACAAUAAACAGAAAGAGAAAUCAAUACAAUUAUCUACGACAUGCCGUGGCAUCACAACUAUAAACAACAAGUUAGUGGUAGGCUGUCCUGGAAGAUUGUUGAUCAUAGAUCAUCAGACAGAAAAGGUGGAGAAGAGCAUUGAUAUUGGUGAUUGUGAUCCUAUCAGAUUGUGUGGUUCUGGUGAUGGUAUAUUUUACAGAAAUGAUUUUAAUCAUUACCUGUACCAUUACAAUCACUCUAAUAACAAGAUUUCCCAUGUAGAGUUAACAUCAGGGGUCUGGUGUAUGACCACACUAAAAGAUGGUAGUGUGUAUGGGUUAUGUAAGGAUGAACUAGUGCAUGUAUCAUCUGAUGCAAAGGAGUACAAAAAAGUUACUACAAAGGGUCUGUCAUUACUGGGAUGGAAAUAUGGAAUAAGUUAUAAUCCUGUACAAAAGAAACUGGUCGUUUUUAAUGAAGACUCAAUUACAGUGUUUAAUGAAUACUAAUAAAUAGAUUAUUUUAGUGCACUGAAAUGAAAUGUGAUUAAAUAACCUUGGGGUAAAUUUGGAACAUCACCUAGAAUCACAAAAAAAGUUUUCGCUUUAGAUCAGUUAAUUAUGUUAUCAUUAAUAUAUUAUUCUAGAAUAGACGAUAUUUUCAGACCUACAAAUAUAUUUGUUUUUGCAUAAUAUUUAACUUUUAAGAUUUUAAAAAUAUAUAUGAUUAUGAAUGAAAGUUGUGUUAUAUUUUAAUGAGACAACAACCCAAUAGCAAAAAUAAAAGACUUCAGGGGUAAACAAAUAUUUAUACAACUAAUGUCUGCAUGGGGUCUUAAAAGUUUAAUAUGGUAUAACUAUUACAAAUCUAUCUUUGCAAAACAUAACUCCAGUUUUAUCAAACUUGUGUGUUGAUGAUGUUAUUGUUUGAAAUGCGGUUUGAGAAAUUGCAAAUGUCACAAUAAAGAAAUUUAUGUAACAUUAUUAGUGUCUUUUAAAAUAUUU